AUGUCAGAAACUUCAGCUUGUCCACUAAACGAUUUUUUUGAUAUAGAUGAAGAAAAUAAUUUAGAUGAAAUAAAAAAAGAAGAAAAAGACGUAUUUAGUGGAAACUUUUUAUCUUAUAUAUAUAAUCAAUUUGAAUUUUGUUGUAUAAAUUUUUUUGAUGAAUUAAAGAAAAAGGAUAAACGAAAAAAUAUAACAUUAAAAAAAAAUUAUUCAGGUGGCUAUAGUAAAAAUGAUAAUGAUCAAUAUUAUUAUAAUGUGUUCGAUAAAAUUCUUAAAAAAGAUGUAGAUACUAUUAAGGAGGUUUCUCUUCACUCCAUCUAUUUUAACCCCCACGCAGACUGGUGUGAAUGCGCACACGAAUUUAACCUAGAACUAAACCAUGAGGAAGCCGAAUUUUGUAUUUUCAACUUCUUCUUAAAAAUGUACAGAUAUGAAGAAAGAAAUAAAGAUUUACUACUUUCCAUACUUUUGGAAUGUUUAUAUUGUAAGAAAGAUAUGAAAAAAGCAUUUCAUAUACAAAAAGAAAAUUUAAAAUUUUUAAAAGAAAUAAAAAAUAUAGAGACAAGUAAUUUUAAAGAAUCUUUAAAUGAAUUAAUUAAUAUUAUUGAGAAUACAAAUUUUAUACAAUUUAAUACGAAUGAAAAAAAAGAUAUGCAAAAAUAUUAUUUCAAAUUAUAUAUCAUAAUAAAAAUUAAAUAUCCAUAUGGUAUAUACAUAUUUAAUUGUGAUGAUGUAUAUGAUAUAGUUGUAAUCGAUUGUAAUACCUUUAUGCAGAAUAAACCAAAAAUAAUGAGUUUUCUUUCUCUUCGAAAAUUUAUUUCAUUUCUUAAUAAUAUAUAUUCAAUUAAUAUUAAUGAGGAAAAUAUACAUGAUUCGUUUCCUAUAAUUGUCUACGAAUCAAAAGAAUGUUAUCAUUUAUCUCAUAGUCAUUUACCUCUUAAUUUGACUGUAUGUACACCGAAGGAAAAAAAAAAGAAUUCCGUAAAAAAUCAUUUGAACCAGUUAGGAAAUGAAAAUGGAAAUAAGGACUGA